AUGGUGGAACCACUUCUCCCUCAUGUCACCAUUCUGGUUUGUGGAAUCGGGAGUCUGGUUUCUAUAAUUAUUUCAACCAUUGGGAUAUACCUACAAUUCAAAAACUAUAGAAAGCCAUAUGAACAGAGGUUGAUUGUUAGAAUUCAGCUGAUGGUCCCUCUAUAUGCUGUUACUUGUUUCAUAUCACUCCGAUGGUUCCCAGUAUCAAAAUUUGUUGAACCAAUAAGGGAAAUUUAUGAAGCAUUCGUCAUAUACACAUUCUUUUCAUUGUUGACACAUUUGUUAGGCGGCGAGAGAAAAAUUGUCGUCAUGACAUCUGGAAGACAACCUAUAAAGCACCCAUGGCCAUUCAGCACAGUAUUACCUGAUAUUGAUAUUUCAGAUCCAUUCACUUUACUCUCUAUAAAAAGAGGAAUUUUACAAUAUGUUUGGCUGAAACCAAUCAUUUGUAUUUUAACUGCUAUUACAGAAACAUUUGGACUCUACAAUUCAGAAUCCAAUAGUUUUUUUAAUCCAUACUUCAUUAUCAAUUUCAUUUACAACGUUAGUGUUUCAGUGUCGUUAUACGAUCUAGCUUUAUUUUGGAAGUGUUUAUAUGGUGAUUUGAGACCAUUCAAUCCUUGGGGUAAAUUUUUAUGUGUGAAGCUUAUUAUUUUUGCAAGUUAUUGGCAAGGUGUUUUUUUAGCUAUACUCAGUUGGUUUGGCAUAUUGAAAAAUGAUCAAUCUGAUUCUAAUAACACUUUAGGUUUUGCUAUACAAAAUGCCUUGAUGUGUAUUGAGUUGAUUGGCUUUGCAAUUGGACACUGGCAUUCAUUUUCAUACACUGAGUAUGACAUGAAAACAUUACCAGGGUGUGCAAGAUUUGAGAUAUUGGCAGCCAUAAGAGAUACAUUUGGUAUUGGGGAUUUGGUUUAUGACUUUAAAGCCACUCUUUCUGGAGAGUCUUAUGACUACAGGCAAUUUGACUCUGUGGAAGCAUUAAUUGCGCAUCCUUCUUCGAGAUCUAGAAUGGCUAGGUUCAAUGAAGGUUUAAGAUAUACUGAUUCGGGGAAACAAAAAUAUUGGCUCCCCAAUACAAAAAAUGGUACAACGGUUGGUGGUAUGUCUGCUCACCUGAAAACCCCAUUGUUAUCAAAAAACAGGUCCAACUCAAUAACAUCAUCGCAUGCUUCAAUAAGGGGAUUGUAUCCUAACUCGGUGUUGACGGUUGACUCAAAGAAUGAGGAAGAGCAUCCAGUUGCAUCAAUUUACAACUACAAUACUAUCGAAGAAACAGAUGAAGAUCAAGAUAAUGAGUUUUUGGAGGAUGAACAAUUGUUUGCAGAUGCUAAGGCAAACUGUCCCUUUGGGGAUAAAAAUUAUCCAGUGGUUUAUGAUAAGGAAGCAUAUACUUAUUCACCAGCUUUACAACGUUUGAGGGAGGAAGCAAUGGCUAGGCAAAGUAUAGAAAGCACACGGUCGUAUUAA